UUGUAGGAACUCAUGCAGCCAAAAUCUGGAGCCAAUGGAACAGCCAUUACCGAAUUCAUCCUGCUAGGAUUAGUGGAAACACCAGAGCUAUGGCCAAUUGUCUUUGUACUUUUUCUCUUUGCCUAUGUGGUGACAGUUGGAGGCAACCUCAGCAUCCUGGCAGCCAUCUUGGUGGAGCCCAAACUCCACACCCCCAUGUACUUCUUCCUGGGGAACCUCUCAGUGCUGGAUGUUGGGUGCAUCAGCAUCACUAUUCCCUCAAUGUUGGGUUGUCUUGUAUCCCACAAGCGUACAAUUCCAUAUGGAGCCUGCCUCACACAGCUCUUCUUCUUCCAUUUGCUAGUUGGGGUGGACUGCUUCCUGUUGACAGCCAUGGCCUAUGACCGAUUCCUGGCCAUCUGCUGGCCCCUCACCUACAGCACCCGCAUGAGCCAGACAGUCCAGAGGAUAUUAGUGGCUGUGUCCUGGGUCUGUUCCUUCACCAAUGCACUGACCCAUAGUGUGGCCAUAUCCACACUCAACUUUUGUGGCCCCAAUGUGAUAAAUCACUUCUACUGUGAUCUCCCACAGCUGUUCCAACUCUCCUGCUCUAGCACCCAACUCAAUGAGCUGCUGCUCUUUGCUGUGGGUUUCAUAAUGGCAGGUACUCCCGUGGCUCUUAUUGUUACCUCCUAUGCCCAUGUGGUAGCUGCAGUCCUUCGAAUCAGCUCUCUUGAGGGCAGGAAGAAGGCCUUCUCCACAUGUGGCUCCCACCUCACUGUAGUUGCCAUCUUCUAUGGUUCAGGUAUCUUUAACUACAUGCGACUAGGUUCGGCCAAACUUUCCAAUAAGGAUAAAGCUGUUGGAAUUUUUAACACUGUUAUCAAUCCCAUGCUGAACCCAAUCAUCUACAGCCUCAGGAACCCUGAUGUGCAGGCUGCACUCUGGAGGGUGCUCCUGGGGAGGUGGUCACUGGCUUGA